AUGAGGGUUCUAUUGCGCGAUUUUUCUGUCUGUGAUGGCAUUGCGGACUUCGCCGAGCUUGGUCCCAACGGGCUUCCGAGCUUACUUCUCAUCGACUAUGAUGAACUUUCUCAUGGUGAUCACUACGAGUCGUCUCAGGUGCUCCUAGGCCGUGAUAUCGCUCCGCCUGACGAUGAAGCGUUGCCAUUUCAGGUGUUUUCACAAGCCGAGCAUGAUUUCCUAUCAUCUUCAGACGACAUUGAUGGCUAUGAGCCCGACCUCUAA